GCGAGGCGGAAGCGGAAGCCGGAAGCGGGGUCCGGGAGCGAUGGCAGCCGGCGGUCUCAGCCGCUCGGAACGCAAGGCGGCGGAGCGGGUCCGGAGGCUGCGGGAGGAGCAGCAGCGGGAGCGACUCCGCCAGGUGUCGCGCAUCCUGAGGAAGGCGGCGACCGAGCGCAGCGUCGAGGAGGGCCGGCUGCUGGCCGAGAGCGAGGACCUUGUUACCGAGCUGCAGGGCCGGAGUCGGCGGCGCGAGGGUCUCAAGCGGCGGCAGGAGGAGGUGUGCGAUGACCCAGAGGAGCUGCGGAGGAAGGUCCAGGAGUUGGCCGGCGCCGUCCGGAAUGCCAAAUACUUGGUGGUCUACACCGGCGCGGGCAUCAGCACGGCAGCCUCUAUCCCAGAUUACCGGGGCCCUAAUGGAGUGUGGACACUGCUUCAGAAAGGGAGAAAUGUGAGUGCUACUGACCUGAGUGAAGCAGAGCCUACGCUCACCCACAUGAGUAUUGCUUGUUUACAUGAACAAAAGCUGGUACAGCACGUGGUGUCUCAAAAUUGUGACGGGCUCCAUCUGCGAAGUGGGCUGCCACGCACCGCCAUCUCAGAGCUCCACGGGAACAUGUACAUUGAAGUCUGCACCUCCUGCAUCCCCAACAGGGAGUAUGUGCGUGUAUUUGAUGUGACAGAACGCACUGCUCUCCACCGACACCAGACAGGCCGGACCUGCCACAAGUGUGGGGCUCAGCUCCGGGAUACCAUUGUGCACUUUGGAGAGAGGGGAACUUUGGGGCAGCCUCUGAACUGGGAGGCCGCAACAGAGGCUGCAAGCAAAGCAGACACGAUCUUGUGUUUAGGGUCCAGCUUGAAGGUUCUAAAGAAGUAUCCCCGCCUCUGGUGCAUGACCAAGCCCCCCAGCCGGCGGCCCAAGCUCUACAUUGUGAACCUGCAGUGGACCCCAAAGGAUGACUGGGCUGCCUUGAAGCUUCAUGGGAAAUGUGAUGAUGUCAUGCAGCUCCUCAUGGACGAGCUGGGCCUAGAGAUCCCCCUCUACAACAGGUGGCAGGACCCAAUCUUCUCCCUGGCGACUCCCCUUCGAGCUGGUGAAGAAGGCAGCCACAGUCGGAAGUCUUUGUGCCGAAGCAGAGAGGAGGCCCCGCCUGGGGACCGGGGUGCCCCACUUACCUCAGGCCCCAUCCUAGGGGGCUGGUUUGGCAGGGGCUGUGCCAAACGUGCAAAAAGGAAGAAAGCCACAUAACCUGGUGUUGAUGAAGAUAAUUGGCACUUUGUAGAUGGCUGGAACUCUUGUUCAGGGGCCAGUGUCACUGUCAAGGCCAGGUUGCCCCCAAAGGGUCUAGUGGGAAGAACUGGGGUGACAGGUCACCUUGACGUUUUUCAGCCAUUUGUCUGUCCUUGUGGGAAGCCCCCUUGCACUGCACAGUUGCCCCCAUUAUGGGCUUGACCAUCCAGGACAUCCCCUCUCCAUACAAGAGGUGGCAGCAGGCCUUUCUGGGAGGACAGAGCCGGGUCCAUCCCAGCCUGGUCGGCAGAGGAGCCCAGGCUGCGUUACCUCACUCAUCAGGCUACUCUCAGGGCCUCCCCAGUUUCUACUCCUUACUAAAAAGCUGACUUUAUAGAGAUCUCUGUUGGGUAUGCGGCAAAGGGGCGGUUCUGAGCCUUGGCUCGGAGCAGAUCUUUCUUAUUAAACAUUUCUGCACUGUG